AUGCGGUUGAGCUCAAAUGAGAAGGGUGCUGGACCUGUUGAGAUCUCGGGUGUGGGGGAGGCGGCUGUUGGCCAUGCUGGAGUUGUGUCUGUGGAGGACCAGGUGGGUAUUGGUAUUGACUUUGGGGGGCGGAUUGAUUGUGAGGCAGAGGUGAACGGUGCAGUGGGUAUUGAGAAGUCCUCGGAGACUGGUAUGGUGAGGAGGUCGACGAGGAAUGCGAGUGCGUCGGUGGUGGUGGCGGUGGUGGGGGUGGUGGUGGCUGACGGUAUCCACUAUAUUCAGGUGGAGGUGGGGGUGCAUAUGAAUUUUGCGGCGGUGGGUAAUUGGGGUAUGCCGAAUAUUGCCCAGAUUGAGAUGAGGGUGGAUACAUGGGGUAUUGCGGUUGGUCGUAUGGACGAGGCGCAUAUUGAGGUUCCCCCCGACUAUCCCGCGGGCUCAUAA